CUCUCUCUCUCUAAUUUUCUGCUCAAGCGCUGCCAGGCGCCCAUGCCACUGGCAAUACACCAUACCUAGAAGUCUAGAACUCUAUAUAUAAAUACACACCCAAGCCGAAAGAAACAAGAAACACAUGAAGCUAGCUACCAUCCAAAACCCAGUCGUAGAUCACCAAUCAACAAACAAACACCAAGUUACCAACGGAGAGGACAGGGUGAGACAUGGCGCCGAAGCUUGGAAGCAUCUCCAACCGGUGGCGGGAGCUCCAUGGCGCGAGCUCGUGGGCCGGGCUGCUGGACCCGCUGGACGCCGACCUGCGGGCCUCCGUCAUCGCCUACGGCGAGCUCGCCGAGGCCACCUACGACGGCUUCAACACCGAGCGCCGCUCCCCGCACGCCGGCGCCUGCGUCUACGGCCACGCCGACCUCCUCGCUGGCGCCGACGUGUCGUCCCCCGGGAACUACGCCGUCACCAAGUUCCUCUACGCCACGUGCGGGAUUACCCAGCUGGCGUCCACGUCGACGACGCGGGAGUCCACGUCGGCGUCCCGGCUGGCCAAGGCGUUCCUCGUGCUGCCGGUGCCGGAGCUCAAGGAGGAGCCCUGGUGCAGAGAGUCCAACUGGAUGGGAUAUGUGGCGGUGGCGACGGACGAUGGCGUGGCGGCGCUGGGGAGGCGGGACAUCGUCGUGGCGUGGCGCGGCACGCUGGAGAGCCUGGAGUGGGUCAACGAUCUAGACUUCUUGCCGGCGUCAGCCGCGCCGGUGCUGGGUCCGGCGGCGGAGGAGCACGGGAACGCCGUGGUGCACCAUGGGUUUCUGACCGUGUACACGGCCAGCGACGAGGACUCCAAGUACAACAAGACCAGCGCCAGAGACCAGGUCUUGGAGGAGGUGAAGCGACUGAUGGAGCUACACAAGGGCGAGGUGACCAGCAUCACCCUCACCGGCCACAGCCUCGGCGCCUCGCUGGCCAUCCUGAACGCCGUCGACAUCGUAUCCAACGGCCUCAACACCCCCUCGACCUCCUCCUCCUCCUCCUCCCAGCUUCCGCCGUGCCCCGUGACGGCCAUCGUGUUUGCCUGCCCGCACGUCGGCAACGACGACUUCAAGUCCGCGUUCGCCUCGUUCUCGGACCUACGUGCCCUCCACGUCAUCAACGCCCGUGACAUCGUCCCGUUGUACCCGCCGAUCGGGUAUGUGGACGUGGCCACGGCCGCGCUCAGGAUCGACACGUCGAGGUCGCCGUACCUCCGGUCGCCGGGCACCCCGCAGACGUGGCACAACCUCGAGUGCUACCUACACGGCGUCGCCGGGGAGCAGGGGGGCCAGGGCCGGGGGUUUAGGUUGGAGGUCGACCGUGACGUGGCGCUAGUCAACAAGGGUUCCGACGCGCUCAAGGACGAGUACCCCGUGCCGGCCAACUGGUGGGUGGUUAGCAACAAGGGCAUGGUCAGGGGCGCUGGAGGACACUGGAAGCUCAAAGACUUCGAGGAAAUCUAAUCGAUUGGUUGAGUUAGUAGGUAUUGCCACACUAGAUGGCCGGAUGAGGCUGUGUGAUUCAGUGAUUGUGAAAGGUAGAAAGGAAAACAAAUUGUCUUCUUACGGACAAAAUAAGUCGAAUCUGACAAGAGAUGUAAAUAAACCGAAAGAUUGGGGAGUACGUACGCAUCGAUUUGUUUGUUCUUCCAAAAUACCCAUCGAUUUUGGUGACAACUCGAGCGUGUCAGGGCCCAAAGUUUUUGCAAUGAUCAUUUCUUCGGUAGGAAUUAUUUA